GGUAGUGACGUCAGACUGGCGCACAGACUUUCCCGGCGGCUGCGGCCCUGCGGCAGACCUUCCUCUCUCCGCGGAGGGAGCCGGGGACCUUGGUGCGUGGCGGCGCGCGGACUUCCGCACCCGGGGUUCCGGCCCGGGAGCGCCCGGCAGCCGCUUGGCGUCUUCAUCGAGCGCCAUGGCGGCGGCCGGCGGGCCCGAAGCGGCCGGACGCUGCCCUCUGCUCAGCCUCCUUUUGCUUCUGCUGAUCGCGGGCUCUGCCUGGGGCUGGAACGACCCAGACAGAAUAUUGUUGCGGGAUAUAAAAGCCCUUACCCUCCACUAUGACCGCUAUACCACUUCCCGCAGGUUGGAUCCGAUCCCACAGUUGAAAUGUGUCGGAGGCACAGCUGGAUGUGAUUCUUAUACCCCCAAAGUCAUACAGUGUCAGAACAAAGGCUGGGACGGUUAUGAUGUGCAGUGGGAAUGUAAGACCGAUUUAGAUAUCGCGUACAGAUUUGGGAAAACUGUGGUGAGCUGUGAAGGCUAUGAAUCCUCUGAAGACCAGUAUGUACUAAGAGGUUCCUGUGGCUUGGAGUACCACUUAGAUUACACGGAACUUGGCCUGAAGAAAUUGAGAGAGUCUGGAAAAAACCAUGGCUUUAACUCUUUCUCUGGUUAUUAUAAUAAGUUGUACUCCCCAGAAUCUUGUAGCAUCAGCGGAGUGCUUGCCAUCGUGGUGCUGCUUGCCGUUGCCUUUGGCGUGUAUAAAUUCUUCCUGAGCGAUGGUCAUGAUUCUCCUCCCCCGUAUUCUGAGUAUCCUCCAUAUUCCAGUCGCUAUCAGAGAUUCACCAACUCUGCAGGACCCCCUCCCGCAGGCUUUAAGUCUGAGUUCACAGGACCGCAUGGUGCAGCUUCUGGUUUUGGCAGUGCUUUCACCGGACAACAAGGACAUGAAAGUUCAGGACCAGGGUUCUGGACUGGCUUGGGAACUGGAGGGAUAUUAGGAUAUUUGUUCGGCAGCAAUAGAGCAGCAACGCCCUUUUCAGACUCGUGGUACUACCCCUCCCACCCUCCCCCGUACACCAGCACAUGGAAUAGCCGCGCUUACUCGCCGCUUCGUGGGGACCCAGGAAGCUAUUCGGCAUGUUCAAGCUCAGAGCCAAGAACCAGAACAGCGUCAGGAUAUGGUGGUACCAGAAGACGAUAAGGAAGUAAAAAGUUGGGGUCAAACAUUGGAUGCAGAAUUUCUGAUUUCUCAUCACUUUCUCUUUAAAACGUGCUCCCUGCUGACAACUGGGGAAAGGGCAGACGCAGAAGCCUGUGGUGUUUUGUCGUGUGUAGCUUUUUGUAUUCUGUUAUGUGAGGCUAAGAGUUGACGUUUGACAAAAUGCUUAUAUAGAGAAAUGUAUGUUUGUGUAACAUGCAAUGUACAUUAUAGUUUUUGAAAGUGAUGACUAUUGUGGAAUGUUGAGAAUGUAUUGUGUAAUUCUAAAACCUGUGAUGCCAUUGAAGCAUUAAGAAUGAAGGCUUUAUACUAAUAGAGACUGAGUGCAGAGAUUUUCAGUCUUAGGUGGUCUUAGUUGUUGAUUCAUUACACCAUAGAAACAGUAAUGAUCUAUUUGGUAUGUAUCACUGGGUGUUUGCUGUUCUUUAAACAUUUAAACCAAGCUUUGGACUACUGAUUAUACUUAUCUGUGUGUUUUGAUUACUUCUGAGCUCAGGAGCUUUGAAUCGUCAGUGGUGGGUGGGGUUCCGGUAAGUGAGAACUACCUUUUUUUAGGAUAAGGUAGAAAAUAAAUAUCUAGAAGGUGGUUGUGAAUGACUAUGCUGACAAAAAUGCUUGGAACCUCCAUGUUCAUUUUUUUAAGUGCUUCAGCAAAGGUUUUCUAAUAGCGGAAGUGUGUAGUUCUCUAUGGAAUCUCAGUGUUGUUGUAGCAGUCUGUUUCAAUCUUACAUUAAAAUGACAGAAAAAAAUAAAAACAGACAAGGGGUUUUAUUCUUUUUUUCUACCAGCCUUGACACAAAUUGGUGUUACUUUUUAAUCUUUUUUCCCAAAGGAGAAGGGGUUCAUGCAGAAGUUCUCUCUCCCUAAACGGUAAUUUCUGUCGUAGUCUUGCCUUAGCUCCCUGUGACACAAAAAGCCCAAAUUCAGGAAAUCUCAGUUAUACUCACGAAACGUCAUUAUUUUGCUGUGAAAGACAAGAGCAGAUUUGUGUUGUUAUCACUGCAUAUAGUCCUUUUCUUUAAAUUUUUCUUUUAUUGAAAUACAGUUGCUAUACAAUAUUGUUACAGGUGUACAUUAUAGUGACUCACAAUUUUUAAAGGUUAUACUCCACUUAUAGGUAUUAUAAAAUACUGGC